UUUAGGUUUUGAUUAAAAAUCAGUUACUGGUGACUGCUGGCAAUGCCUUGGCCGUGGCAUUUGAACUGCGCCUGCGCUUUGUGGUGGUGGGAACUAAACGAAAAGGAUAAUAAAUAACAAGUAAAACUGGAAUGAGCCACAACAGAAGACAAUUGUGCAUCUUCAUCUAUAUCUAUGUAUAUAUUAGCCGCCUUUAGCGGCAUCGAUUUACAAAAAGAAACGACAAACGGAACAAAACGAGAUACAUAUACAUAAAUACAUAUAAACUGAAAUCAAAGAAAAGCAUCCUUAAACAUAUCCUUUGAAAAUAUGAAUGCUGGGAUAGAUAGAGUGCAGAGAAGUAUAUACUAAAUUCAGGCCGUUUGUGAAACCAGUUUACGGACAAGAAGGACGUGCGUCCUUCUGGUGCCGUCGCCCAAUGUCUGAUAGACGUUACUAUUUCACAUCAGAGCAGCGUUACCUCAGCGAUACCUCCGGGCUUGUGGAUGAAAAUGAGUAUGCAGACGAUGGACUCUUGUAUCCUUGCAGUGACGACAACAACAACCAGAACAAUAACAGCAACAACAACAACGGCCAGGACAACAAUGACGAAACUGGUGGUAAUCAGGCCAACAAUUUGCCAGAUGCGGAUGCCGACAAGGACGACGACUUGGAGUUCCUGCAAGACGUGCCAUACUCAUCCAGUAGCAUCGAUCGCAGCUCGGUAGGCUCUAUACCAUGGGCAGAUGACGCUAUCAAGAAGAACAAGCUGGAUUGGGACCGAGUUGAGCGCAUGCUAAGUGGCGAAGAGCCCUUGCCCAGCCAAGAGCCAGAACUGAGUAACGAAAUUGCCGACUGGCAGCGUAAGUUUCCCAACAUAGUGGGUGGUUCUGUAAAACCGCUGAAACAAAGCAGUUUCGAUAGCCAAAGAAUUCGCGACGACUCUGGCGAUAUAGAUUCCAUAUCUAAUCUAAGUCUUAAUUCGCUGGACGAAGAUGAUGCUGAUGAGGAUGAUGAUGGAUUUCUUACGCCAACAGCUAAACGUCAACCACAAAGUCAACAACAACAGCAGCAGCAGCCACAAAAAUAUCGUAGAUCUGGGCAAAAUUUGGUAGAUCUUCUAGAUCGAGAUUUGAGAAUUACAUCCGUGUCGGUAAAGCUGCGCAAGCGUCAGCAAACUUCGCACCAGCAACCACAACAGCAGCCGCCCUUGCAACAUGUAACAGCAGCCCCCCAUUCGGCCCGUCUGCGGAUGCCGCCAAUUUUGAACGUCCUAGACUCAAAUCGUCGAUUUCGCGGAUUGCUCAAUAAUCGCAGUUUUGUUCAGCUGACUCAAGUUCAACAGCAGCAGCAGCAACUCCAUGCCAAAUCGGCUGCUCUGACCCAUGCCAAUAGUGCCGAGCGUCGUUCACAUUAUCACGGUGCCCAGCAUUAUCACCAACCUGGCAAUCGUUCAGCCUGGCACAUGAUUGCGUCGAAUCGUUUUCUUAACAAUAAAAAUGCAAUCGUUUUGCCAUCGCUGAAUCUAAACAGAAACAGGGAUCAUAAUAGGACUAUAAAUGUUGUCCACACAAUGGACGCUGCAUCCAGUCAGAGCAACUCAAGCAGCAGCGGCGGUGGAGCACAUAACAGCAACAGUUCCUCUUCACGCACAUCCAUGCAUCACCAUCCGUUUGGCUUGCCAACGACCAAUUCAAGUAAUACUCCAUCAACCGGUCGCUCCAUAUCGGCGGCUGUCCACAUUCAUCCACGCUCAGAAUUUGCGACCAGUAGUGCCUUUUACAUACCAUAUAGUGCCUCAAAAUUUAAAGCCUUUAAAUGAACCUCAUUCAAAUUAAAAAUAAC